UGCGCCUGCGUGUGACAUAAGAAACUAUCGGGAGGAUGGCGGACAGCAGCAGUGAAGAGAUUGCGGUGAUUGGAAACACGGAUUUAACCGCUGCCGAGUCGGAGAACAACAGAAACAACACGAUGGCAGAGGCAGGGACAACCCUCUUGAAACGGAUGGAGAUCGCCGUUGCCGAGGCGGAGAAGAGGACGGGGAAAAACGCUGUCAACAUGCAGGAGACGUACACCGUUUACCUGGUAGAAACGCGCCCAAGUGACACGGCAGCAGAAGGCCAAAACCCCAGCCCCGAUGCCGUAUGGAGGCGCUACAGCGAGUUUGAACUCCUCAGAAACUACCUGCUGGUCACCUAUCCAUUCAUCGUUGUGCCUCCUUUACCAGAGAAGCGGGCCGAGUUUGUGUGGCACAAGCUGUCUGCGGACAACCUGGAUCCGGACUUUGUGGAGAGGCGCCGGGCGGGCCUGGAGAACUUCCUGCUCCGAGUGGCCUCCCACCCGGCCCUGUCCAAUGACAAGAUCUUCUAUGACUUCCUGACCGAGGAGAAUGGGUGGAGGGAGGCAGUGUUUGAGACAGGAUUCCAGGCCAAGGCUGAUUCAAGGCUGAAGGCCCUGAAUGCGACAUUCAGAGUGAAGAAUCCUGAGAAGCGGUUCACGGAGCUGAAGAACUACAGUGACGAGCUGCAGUCGGUGACGUCUCAGCUGCUCAGAGUGAGGGCUAGGGUGGCGGACCGCCUGUACGGUGUCUACAAAGUGCACGGCAAUUAUGGCAGAGUAUUCAGCGAGUGGAGCGCUAUAGAGAGAGACAUGGGAGACGGGCUGCAGAGUGCCGGACACCACAUGGACGCCUAUGCCGCCUCGGUGGACGAUAUCCUGGAGGAGGAGGAGCACUACGCAGACCAGCUGAAGGAGUACCUGUACUACGCUGAAGCCUUGAGGGCGGUGUGCAGGAAACAUGAACUCCUGCAGUACGAGCUGGAGGUGGAGGCUCAGGACCUGGUCUACAAGAAGCAGCAGAGGGAGGAACUGGUCACUGGGACGGUGCGGACCUUCUCCCUGAAAGGCAUGACCAGCAAGCUGUUCGGCCAGGAGACUCCGGAGCAGCGGGAGGCCAAGCUGAAGGCCCUGGAGGAGCAGAUCGAGGAGGGCGAGACGCUGGUCAAGCAGAAGAACGCCGAGUGCGAGGAGUUUGUGCAGAAGGCUUGGAUGGACAUGGAGCGCUUCAAAGAGCAGAAGGACAGGGACUUAAAAGAGGCUCUGAUCAGCUACGCCGUCAUGCAGAUCAGUGUGUGCAAGAAGGGAAUUCAAGUCUGGACCAAUGCUAAGGAAUGCUUCAGUAAGAUGUGAGUUCUGGCCCCACGGCUGGCCGGGAAGACCCGGACAAGCACACGACUGAGGCCUGAGGACUGGAAUCACCGUUGCCAUGGGAACAUGCUCCUCGGAGACCAGACGAGGAUCAUUGCUGGAAUUCCCCAUGUGAGCGAAUGUGAUCUGAAAAGGGGUGGCCGUUUUUAUAAAAACAGCCCAAAAUAAGGAUAAACAAAUGAAACACGACUAAACAUUACGUUUUUCCCUAUUCACUUAUCAUUAAGGUUAUCUGUUUCUGAUUCUAUAUACAUUCUGUACAAGUUUGUAUCGCAGACAUUUUUGCCUUUUUUAAAAUGACCUAUUCCAGUGCUUUUCCAAAGCCUCUUUUCCAUGCUUAAGUUUACGAUAUUGUGAGUUUGUGAGAAUUUUGUUUUUUCUGGUUGGUUUAGUUUUUUAACUUUUAAGAAUACGGACCACCUUUUAUAUUCCUUCGUGCUCCGUGCCUGGACUAAAGUCUUACGACUGUAUGAAGUCCGCUGGUCGAAGCAUUCAGUGCACCAGUGGCCACCUUAAACCCUACCAGUGUUGAGCUGCUCAUUUACUGUACCUGAGCAGUCCCAUUGUACAUGCCCGGUGGUCGUUUGGGUUUUGCAUGCUUAGCGUUGCCUUAUGUCACUACCAGGAGAUCAUGAAUGCCUGGUACUGCCCCUAGUGGCCCACCAAAGACUAACCCCGGGUUUAAACAUAACAUUUAUUUCAGAAGUUACAAAAAUGUACCAUUUAUUGCAGAACAUAACAUUGCUUUCAGCAGUUAAAUCAAUUAAGUUAAACCCAGAAUAGGAGUGUGCGUCUGCUCAACUUAUUCAAAGUGGUUGUAAUAUAAUUUAUUGUCGGAUACUCUUGUUCAAAACGCUCUCCUAUAUACAAAAAUACAAGUGCACGAUUCCCACACAUGCAUCUGCAGUGUGUAGAUAUGGUGACAACGACCUGAACGCGUAAGAUGCAUAUCCAUCACUGUUAUCGCCAAUCAAAGUCAUAUUUCUGCACUAUGUGGGGCUAAUUACAAAGGAGAACAUUGACGCACAAAGUUGUUAGUGGAGAUGACUUCAUCUUCAUUGUACAUCCAUUAUAUUUCCAGUGUCUCGCCCCCAACGACCAUCUCUUAAUCAAGAAUUUAUAUAUGCUGCUGCCAAAUUAUGUAUUUUCUUACCAAAUUUGUUUAAGGCUACUAAUCCUUACUUUGUAUAUCCUUACAAUAGCAUUGAGCGUGCCUUUUAUUGUUUAUAAAUAGUGGAUGAACAUUUUGAAUGCCUGGCACCAGUUGUAAUUUGUUACUAUGGAUCAGUUUAGAUGGGAAUAAUAUUUUGCUCUCUAAAUAAAAAUGUGUGCCUCAAUUGUUCUUAAGCUUAUAACCGAGCUGAAGCCUUUACAAUGAAACAGCCAUGAUCUGUAUUUCAGUCUUUUUGGGCCAUAGAGACCCUCGGGAGCAGCAGAGCUGGGGUUUCUGUUCUGUGCCUGGUUUCCAUGUUGGUUCAGUAUUGGCCAAGGGGACAGGAAGUCGGGGUGAAAGAAAAUGGCCUUAAGUAAACCUUGCAGGGAGUGAAACUGUGUCUUUACCCUUCCUCAGUGUGAAACAAAAUGGAGUCGAAGCUGUAACAUCAGGAUAUGUUUGUGAGAAUUCUAGAUUGGACUGGGAGGUGGGAAGUUGUCCUCUGUACUUGCAAUGGUAAACCGUGUGUUCCAUAAAACACAAAUAAAUCUAAGGCUGUAUUUGUAAUGUAACAUAAUGUGUUUCAGUUUGUGGUUCAUAACGCAGGUUGGAGGUUUGCAUUACUUUAUUAUGCACCGUGUGUCUGGGGUGAUGUUUUGUUGACUGCAUAUUUGCAGUAGAAAGUUUACAAUAUGGAUGCCAAGACAAGUCAGCAUCCGCUAGACCAAUCCAGGGAUGGAAAAAAUCAGAAAAACACUAGCACCCUGAACAGGGGAUAUUUUCUAACAUGCUCCGGUGUAUCUUGACACAGUGGAUUGUUGACAUUUAAAGUUUCCAUUUGCAAUGUACAUGCAAAGGGAAAAGAAGAGAUUCAUAAUUAUACCAUAAGGAUUUAUUGGCAACACGAAUGACACAAUAAUAACUCCAUUGUUUAUAUUGUUUUUUAUUCCGGUGCUUUCUCGCUGUAUACCAGGCUGAACAAUGAGCUCUGACAAAGCACUUUAAAUUCAAACUGAAGUCAAGGUGGCUGUAGGCUAAACACAUUCUCUCAGUAUUUUUUUUCAGGUUCCAUUGACUGCUCCCCUUUUUUUGAAAGUUGUAAAUAUACUUUUGUUUGUACUUCAUAAUACAUGCUGCCAUCUUGUGGCUGAUCAUUUACACAGCAAUUGGGUUUUCCAGGAAUAUCUUAGCCAAAAUGUCAGCUGACAGCGGAUGAGCUCUAUGUACCUCUCCUAUGAGAAUAAAUUGGAGCAACUUCUUUUCCACCAUGCAGCAGCCAUGCUGUAUUCUUUUCAUCUUACAAAGUAUUGCUUUAUCUUGGCAGUAACUGUCAUCAGUGUUGAUACAUUGAGGAGAGAAUGGAGGAAGAUGGAGUUCCUCGCCCUGUUUUUACAGCAGGGGUGGGCAAUGCUGGUCCUGGAGGUUUGUAUGCAGGGUUUCGAUUCUAACCAUUACCUUAAAUUAAUUGGCUGUAUUCACCAACACUGGUUCGCUUGUAGAUCAUAACACAGUAAAACCUUUCAUAUAGGGACACAGGAACAGCCUUUCAGCAAAUCUAAACAUGUUGCUGAAGUGUCAGAUGGCAUACAUGCAAGGGCUAAUUAAAUUAUGAAAACCAGGAAGUGAAAUGGUCCUCGUUGCCCAACUCUGUUUUAUCAUCAGACUUUGUUCUUACUCUGGUUAUUUAAACUUAGUAACCAGGGGCGUAAACAUGGUUCGUGCAGGGCUGUGCGUCUGCUGUUUUUCAUUUCCAGAUGGUAAUCCUGUAUGCUUAAUUAUACAUGCAUUUCCUGACAUUUUAAAAAUAAAUGAGUCUUGAUUGAAUGAUAAAAA